UAGCAUCAAUUUUUCUCAAGAAAUUCGAAUACGAUAUUGUGUAUACAUUAUAAUCGACGAGACUAUUUGAGACUCUAUACUAAUCGAACGUUCUGGUUAGCUUUUAAUCGAGUAAAGACUGACUUUUUUUCUUUAUAGCUCACGUUGAGAUCGAGUAUAUAGUACACAUAUUAUAUUAUACACAAAUCGUUAUCGAAUCAAACGGUUAGAUCGAGACGGAUAAUUUGUCUCGUCGAAGACGAGAAAGAGAGAGAAUAUUUAGAAGGUUUUCGAGACAAAUGAAAUUGCUCUCAACUACACUAAUUUCCACACUCCAUCGAGCGCGUUAAUUAACUUACGAUACCUGAAUAUAGAUAAGAAGGCUAAUGACGUAAUGACACACCACGUAUACUGCGACGUAUUACUAAAACUGGAAUGAGUGAACAUAUUAUUCGGGAAAUUGUGCCGAAACGUUUCUCGCAUUCCCAGCGGAGCGAAAAUUAUUUUUUCUCCAGGGCAAAAAAUCCUUUGCCUUUGAUUCGUAUCGCGUUGAUUCGCGCGUUGCUGGGCAUCGCUCGAAGAAUUGUGGGAAACAUCGGCGGAGUAAAAGUAAAGGAGACUUGCGUCGGUUUCGCAAGUCGGAAAUUCGUACACGCGGUGGUUGGUCUGACGUAAUAAAACUCGUUACGAGUCGUUGCGCGUUCAAUGGUCCAUAUUGCGCGUUAUUUCUCAAACGAAGCGAGUAUCGAUCUCUCGAUGAUUUAGCGUUAUUACGAAUUAUCGCGAGAAUUCGUAAGUGGUGGGAAAUAGGAAGAUCAGCGUGAUAUCAGCCCGGUUGGAAAAAGAAUCCUUGGCCCGAUGCUUCCGCGUUUCUUGCAGUUAUUAAUAAAGGCCCGUCUCUGCGUACACCGCGCUUCUUCGGCGACGGUCUCACGGGUUGCAAUCGGUCGGCGGAUCUCCAGUCGAGCUAAUUAGAAACUUACUUAGAAGAAGAGGUUUCUGUUCCGGCUUAAAUUCCGCUCUUAAAAAGAGGAGAUUGAUAAUCGAUAAAUAAUGAAAAUAACCGAUCCAUCGAUGCAUUGUGCGUGUUCUUUAUCUGCCGUUUCGAGAUUCUUUCAAUUAUUUUUAAUUAGUUUAAACGAAUCCAAUGCAAUCGAGCGUAUUAAAUGUUACGUAAAAAAAGAUAGAAGAAAAAAUCUCAAUUAUAUCAUAGAAAAGAAACUGCAACGAUUAAAAAUGAGCAUAAUAAAAAGUGAUUCGUAAUAAAAUCGACAAAUACGAUGGAAGAACAAGACAAGAAUCGGACGAAAAAUAUGACAAAUAUAUCCUUUAUAUAUUUAAACUUUUAAACUUGGUUACAGACAGCAAGUGAAAAUAUAGGCGAAUUAAAAAGUAGGUCCGCCUCGAGAAGCAGGCCUGGGUGCCAAAAACGCUCACGAGCCAGGUGUGCAUUUUUGAGGCUGCGUGUCGUGAGACACACAGGCCGUUGUUGUCGCAUGACGCGAAUCGUUACGACGCGAGUCCUUGGCGAGGCUUGAUUUACCACCGCGCCGAGAGAAAUCGAUUCUACGCGAUAUCGCCUUUUAAGCCCGAUCUACGGGGAAAAGUUGGGAUUCGCAACGAGAAAUUGUGCUGCGAAGCAAUGGUAUUGUAACGGUCGUGUCGGUUUAUCGUCGAUUGCGUUGCGGGCCGAGCACGUGCCAGCCGCUCUUUGCCAAGUGUGCAACGUAAAUGGCUCUCGCGAUGCGUGCACGUUGCGAGCGGAAAAACAAUUUGAUCGUUGGUUCGAACUGGUUAACUAGGAGGAACUGGUAAUUCUGCUGCUCCAUUCUCGUAUAAUUUUGCAUAUUGUUUCGAUUCUUUUCUUUAUUCAAAUUGCGAUUCAAUUUUUUUCCCUUGUAAAUUUGAAUAUUCAACGACACGAAGUUUUAUUCGAAGAGAUACGAAAGAAAGUUGUUUUUCGCUCGUUCGAAUUUCUUUUUACGAUUUUUCUGUAAUCACUCGUGCUUAUUCCCUCUUCAAGAUCGAGCGUGCCAUUGUGAACGCGGCUUAAACGCUCGGACGAGAAGAAAGCCGAGGCAAGAAGGGUACCAGCGAGAACACGAAGCAAUUACUUUGCCCCUCCGUUUAAAUCGUUCGAGGAGGAGGUUUCGUUAUUACCUUUUUUGCGGGCAUUAAAGUCGGUCGCCUUAUUGGCAAGGCGCGUACGGUAAGCCGAUCUCUUUUCCCACGAUUAUUCCAUUCUCCGAUCGAUAAAAUCGAUCCCUAUUUUUCCCCACGCGAUCGUUGCAUCAACGAUCAUCAAUUGUCAUCAUUGCUCCGCCGAUUUAUCAUUCUUCCCUGAACGUAGCCGCGAAAGCCAAUCCCAAACCAUUUAAAUCGAUCGGCCGACGAUAGAAUCGAAGAUAGAUAGAUUUCGAUUUUCUCGAAAGAGUUUCCCGUGCGAUCAUGAUGAACAUAUGGAUCGGCGAUCCGGAUCAAUAUUUCCUCGGCAAGAGGAGUAAGGAUCCGCCUGCGAAGAUCAUCGGCUCGAGGGCAAUGGAUCACGCCGAUCUGCCGAACGUGGAACGAUUGAUACGGCCGGAAACGUAUGAGAUUUUCGGGGACUUGACCGUCGAGCGUAUCUUCGAAACCAGUUGUCACUCGAUGGUGCAGUGGAACGAGAAAGGCGAGAUCGUUUCGGGCAUCUGCAUCUGCAAUUAUCCGAACGUGCCUUCGGUGAUUCCGGAAGAUUGGGUGAAUUGGUUGUACAAGUUGUACAGGCCGCAACAAGUGUCGGAGAGGAACUCGAUGUUCGUGCAUAUGCUCGUCUGGGACAGCCGAUACACGGGCCACUUCUUCAAAAAACUCCUCUCCGGAUUGUUCGAUGUCACCUCGUAUUUGGAAUACAUACUCAUCGUGAUUCCUCCUCGAAUCAUUCUCGACGACAUUUUCGAGAAACAGAUGAUCAAGAUCCCGUUAAAUUCCGAGAAUGAUCAUCCCUCGUACCAGUCCAUCUAUAUGACCGAUCGUUUUCUGAAGAAACCAAGAUUAAAAAUUCGCCGAGUAGUGGAAGAGGACAACGACGACGUGGUGUCGAUCAUCGACGCGGAAACGCCACUGUUGAAAGAGUUUUACGGUGAAUUUUACGUGAGCGAGAUGAUUCGUAACCCGGACGGUUGUCGAAAAUUGAUCAUUUCCGAGGAGGACGACAAGGCGACCGGCGUGAUGUUCAUUAACAAGAACAUAGACGUGGACACGCUGAUCGACAAUUUCCAGUUGGUGCCGUACAACGGGCUUAAAAAGCCCCACAAGAAAGAUCUGCUCCCGGAGGAAUACAUGAGGCCCGACAGCGAGACGUUCUUCUCCUUUUUCAAGAAGAAAUCUUGGGAUAUCGAAUCGGAAGGAUCCUCCAUGAUAAUUUCCCCGGAAGAGAGCAUCGAAGAGGACGCGGAGGACGAGGCUACCGAUCAACUGGAGAUGAAGAAGCUGGAAGAUCCGUCGAUGAUAAGUUUCAUCAGUGAUCUUCCACGGAUAACUCGUCAAUUCAGCAUGUACUACGAGUCGAAAAUGGAGUCGAGCGCGUUCGUCGAGUCGUUGUUCCACGUUCCACGGCAGACGAUGGUCACCAGCAUAAUCGAGGACAUACAAUUGGAGAAGAUACAUAUACCCGAGCAGCCCGUUUACCACGGCCAAGUGAACGCGUUCGUCCUCGAGAUCUUCGCGAUGAAGCACAAGAUGAAACUUCGGGAAAGUAGGAAUUUCAUCGAGGCAGCGUUCGAGAGUUUUCCGGACUUGGAGUAUUGCGCGAUCCUUUUGCCCUCCAAUCACGUUUUCAUCCCUCUUCUCCAUCACUUCAUGCGAGUGCCUUCUAAGUGCAACAAAGAUUACCCAAUGAGUUUGUAUUUAACGCAUCGUGCCGCUCUCCUGGGCAUGAUAUCGGUCCACGUUGGCAAGCCUUUAGAUAAGCUGACAUUGAAGAAAUUUUUAAAAAGGAUUCGAAAAUCGGAGCACGUUCUGCGGGAUUUCGAUAAAGCGACGAUUAAGAAACAUCCGGACACGUAUUCCUACAUCUUCAAGUGGAACGACAAGAUCAUCGGUGUUAUAAUUAUUCGCGUUGAGGACGAGACCAUGUACAUCAAGCGACGUUAUCACAUCGAGGAUUACAUAGCGAUACAAAAUAUUCCGCCCAACGCUUACGCCCGUAUCCUCCACUUCAUCCUAAUGCCGAUCUUCUCCAUUCACACACCGUACAUUUUCAGCGAGAUUUCACGGCUGAGCGGCUUUUUCGUCUUCUACUAUCGGCUCGAGGAGAGGUCGUUGAGCAGUCUGACGCGUACGCAUCCCCUUCCGAUAUGCUUGACCGUGAUGAUCCCCGUGUAUCCUCGGCGAAGAAUAAAGUAUCGGUAUCAUAAUUUAGUCGAGACGGACAGGAAGCCUAAAAAGAAAACCGAAUCUUUCUCCCUUUUCCUGACUACGCCGAGAUUGUCCAUGAUGCUUGGUAAUAUCGUUGAUUCGAAGAUAGUCGUCGUGGGUGCCUCGGAUUGCGGUGUCGCGUUUGCCGAAGAACUUGCCCUCGGCUGCAAUUUCAUAAAAUUCGCGAACCUCACUUUGAUAUCGCCCAACGGUUUGCCUUUCGACAAUGAUCACAACGAUCUGAGCCAUCGAAUGAUACCGUUCACCGGCCGAUACUGCCGAAAAUAUCGUCGGGAGCUUCCCACGCGUGUCUGGGUCAACAUCGUGUACGGAACGGUUAUAACGAUUAACAGGAAGGAGAAAUACGUGACCGUGUUGCAUCAGGGAAAUAUCACGUACGAUUAUUUGAUUUUGACCUGCGGGAUGCAGUAUCAGAAGCCCAAGUUUCAGGAAGAAUUGGAACUCGAGAAGAAAGGAAGAAAAGUUAACACCAAGGAUGGAUGGAAUGUUUCUUUACGAUUGAUCGAAUUUUCUGAUUUACCUUUAGAGACUAUCAUAUUUUACGGGCACAACAUAAACUGCUACUGCGCUCUCCAAGGGUUGCUAGAAUUCGGAGUGGACGGCUCUUGGAUCACGUUGAUCCAUCCACCGUUGACCGAGUGCUCGUCCCACGAUGAGGCGUUCUUCAGCGAUUGCGAAGUUUACACCGAAGUGAUGGAGGCGAUCACGAGGAACAACAUCACAAUAAUCAUGGGAUGGGAAUUGAUUAAUUGGAAGUUGGAGGACACGUCGAAGGGUAAAAUGAUCGAAUCGAUCGUCAUAAAGUCGAAGGGCAAGAGCGAAACGAUCAGUUGCGACUUUUUGAUAAAUUUUAACGAAAAGACCAUCGGCAUGAAGAUAUUCCUGGCGAUCUGUAGAUCCGGCUUGAUGUUCGACGGCCAAUUGGUCAUAGACUCAGACUUGAGAACCAACGAUCCCUCGAUCUUCGCUGCUGGAACCAUAACCAAGUAUUGCAGAAGGUAUUACAGCGACUCUUGGGAGCACAAAUACUUCAACAGAAUGGAGAUCGGUGAAAAAUUGGCGAAAAUCAUUCGAUCGUUCAUCGAAAACGAGCAUCAAGGCAAGGAUCCAGCUUCCAUACCGUCGAAACGCAAAGCGUACGAAUCGAUAUACGUGUUCCGAUUACCAUUGAUAGUGGCCUGCAUCGUGCCUGAUGGUUAUCGAUUUCUUUACGUACGAAAAUGCGGGAAAGGCACGCCGCGCAAGAUCGCGAUUCGUUUCAAUAUUUACGGUCAAGUGUUGAUCACGGGAUGCUCCAAAAGCAGUAUCGGUUACUUUCGGAUAAGAUUGAAUCAGUUCAACAUGGUCGAGACGAUAACCUGUUUCAACAGAAAGAAUUUCGAAGUGGAUCAUAUGUGCUCGUUGUGGGGGAAACACGAGAGCAUGUUGAACAAUUUAAAGACGCGAUUCAAAGAAUCACUGAUCGUGGACUUUUUCGAAUACUUUCGGGAACCGUGGGCCCUGGCUAUAUUUUACGAUAAAUUCAACUGUCUUCGGGUGGAGAAUCGUGCCACGCUCUUGUCGAAAACGGCGAUAUCCGGCCAAUCUUUGAUUAACGAUUGCGUGCAUGCUCUAAUACGGUCGAAAUGGGACCAGAUACAAAAGAGCGAUCUUCAAACCAUCCAAUCGAGAUUCGCUGGUUCCGUGUAUCAGCAAGAGAUCGAGGAGAAUCUGCUCGAUUUUCUGCAAUUCUGCCAAGAUGAUCUGCCCGUGUAUUGCACGCCCGAUAGAUUGAACGAAUUGUAUGAAGACAACAAGAAUAGCCGGCUGUACAACGUAUUCUAAACUCUUGAGCAACCUAACCUUGUCACACCUAAUUUCUAUAUAUAUAUAUAUAUAUAUAUAUAUAUUUAUAUAUUUUCUUCUUCUUCUUCCUCUUCUCGUACGAGAUCAAAAUAAAGAAUCGCGAAACGAGGUUCCAAGUAUUGUUUUAUACCUCUAUAAUUUUACGCCAUGCCAUUUUCGAUCGAGACGCGACGGUUUUCGCACAAAAGACCACAACGAGCGCAUGUGGCGACUGCGUCGCGUUACACGUGCACGCAUGCGUGUGUACGAACGUUACCGACUUUUAAUAAACGAGUUCCCGAUCCGAGCCCUCGAUCGUUCCAUCCGCGCCUAUUUACUCGGCAUGCGAUCCGAUCUGUGGGUCAAGUUUAACAUUCCGCCGUGCUGCUCCAUAAACAUACGGCUCAAGGCAGCGUCUACUUGCCGCCUACGCAUCGUGAAACAACAAACACGCCGUCACUGAAACGUCGUGGCUUGCUUGUUUAAACGCAGUAUUCUCUCUCUCUCUCUCUUUCUUUCUCUCGCUUUCUUAUCGUUGAGAGAUCGAGAUUGAUGAUUUUGAUGCUCUUUUUUGGAGAACGAGAAUCAUUUGAUCUCGAAGAGAAAGCGUCGCUUAGAGAAAGAGGAAUCGAUCGAGCUGUGAAUAGUUCCACGUGACGUGAAAAUACAUAACCGUGCCUCGUUGUUUGUUAUUAAAUAUAUACGAAUA